GGGAGCGGCCCGAUGGUGGGGCGGAGCCGGGCCGGGAGCACCAUCCGCGGGGCGGGAUAGCGGCAGGGAGCAGCCGCCGCCACCGCCAGGAAGCCACCAUGCCUGCCGUCGACAAACUCCUCCUGGAAGAGGCGUUGCAAGACAGCCCACAGACUCGCUCCUUGCUGAGUGUAUUUGAAGAAGAUGCCGGGACCCUCACCGAUUAUACAAACCAACUACUACAGGCAAUGCAACGAGUGUAUGGCGCUCAGAAUGAAAUGUGCCUGGCCACUCAACAGCUCUCCAAGCAGCUUCUUUCCUAUGAGAAACAGAAUUUUGCUCUUGGGAAAGGCGAUGAAGAAGUGAUAUCUACUCUCCAUUACUUUUCCAAAGUAGUAGAUGAGCUUAACACUCUCCAUACAGAGCUGACGAAACAGCUGGCUGACACAAUGGUGCUCCCUAUUAUACAAUUUCGAGAAAAGGAUCUCACAGAAGUAAGCACUUUACGGGAUCUCUUUGGCCUUGCUAGUAAUGAACAUGACCUCUCUAUGGCAAAGUAUAGCAGAUUAUCCAAAAAGAAAGAAAAUGAAAAGGUCAAAACAGAAGUGGCCAGAGAGGUGGCUACUGCCCGAAGGAAGCAGCAUCUUUCAUCUCUUCAGUACUACUGCACCCUCAAUGCCCUGCAGUACAGAAAGAGGAUCGCAAUGAUGGAACCCAUGUUAGGGUACACACAAGCGCAGAUUAACUUUUUUAAGAAGGGAGCAGAGAUGUUUUCCAAAAGAAUGGACAGCUUUUUAUCCUCCGUUACAAACAUGGUUCAAAGCAUACAGGGGGAGUUGGAUGUCGAAGCUGAACACAUGAGGUUGUCUCAGCAAGAACUGCUUUCCGUUAAUGAAUCCGUUUACACUCCAGACUUCGACGCAGCUUCUCCGCUGAUCAACAGAAACCUGAUCCAGAAGGCAGGCUACCUGAAUCUUAGAAGUAAAACGGGCCUGGUGACAACCACCUGGGAGAGACUCUAUUUCUUCACUCAAGGGGGCAACCUGAUGUGCCAGCCUCGGGGAGCCGUGGCCGGAGGGCUGAUCCAGGACCUGGACAACUGUUCCGUGAUGGCGGUGGACUGCGAAGACCGACGCUACUGCUUCCAGAUCACCACUCCAACCGGAAAAUCGGGGAUAACCCUUCAAGCAGAAAGCAAAAAGGAAAACGAGGAGUGGAUAUGUGCAAUCAACAACAUCUCCAGGCAGAUCUAUCUGACCGACAAUCCUGAGGCGGUCGCCAUCAAGCUGAACCAGACAGCUCUACAGGCAGUGACCCCCAUCACGAGUUUCGGGAAAAAACAUGAGAGCUUGCGCCCCAGCCAGAACCCGAAGACCACGGAGUUGGAAACUGACAAGAGCGUUCCAGACAAACCAGCCGCAGUGCCUGAUGCCAAGGAGUUGAUUGCCCCUGGAACACCUAUCCAGUUUGACAUUGUUCUCCCAGCCACUGAAUUCCUAGAUCAGAAUCGAGGUGGCAGACGUACAAACCCUUUCGGUGAAUCUGAGGAUGAAAAACAGUCUAACGAAGAAGAUUCACUUUUGCAGCAGAUGUUCAUAGUCCGGUUUUUGGGCUCCAUGGCUGUCAAAACGGACAGCACCAAUGAAGUGAUUUAUGAAGCAAUGCGGCAGGUGUUGGCGGCUCGCGCCAUUCAUAAUAUCUUCCGCAUGACCGAGUCCCACCUGAUGGUCACCAGCAAGUCUCUGAGACUGAUAGAUCCCCAAACUCAAGUUACAAGGACAAGCUUUGAACUCUCCAGUGUCACCCAGUUUGCUGCUCAUCAAGACAACAAGAGAUUGGUUGGCUUUGUGGUGCGCAUUGCUGAAUCUCCAGGGGAAGAGUCCUUGAGCACAUAUAUUUUUGAAAGUAACACGGAAGGCGAAAAGAUUUGUUAUGCCAUCAGCUUGGGAAAAGAAAUUAUUGAGGCUCAGAAGGAUCCAGAAGCACUGGCCCAACUGAUGCUCUCCAUGCCGCUAACCAAUGAUGGGAAGUUUGUGCUGUUAAGUGACCAAACGGACACCGCUGACAGGAGCCCGAGUGAAAAUAAGGGGGAAGAGUCAGAAGCAUAAACUCAGUCUGCACUGGGUAUGAUGAGAGCCCGGGAAAAUUUCCUCGGCAAACAGCCCCAGGUCUGCUGAUGUCCCAGAACACUAACGUGGUUUCAGAAUGCUGACAAUCGUGUAGGGAACGUGUCGUCACAGCCCCGAUGCCCUGAGGCUUGGAGGGGAACGGCAGGAAACGGUUAACGUUACAGUCCUGCCCAAUUUUAAAUUUUACUUUUAGCUGCUUUGAAGUAAGGCCCUUUUGUAGUUUGCAUGGCAUAGCCUCUCCAAAUGAAGUUGGAAAAACUGCACUCUUUGCUUUAUUUUUUAAAUGAAGUCAUCUUUCCAGAGUCUAGUGUCCUUGUACGGGUGGCAGUAGCCUGGAUUGACAAAAGAUUUGAUUUAAAAAAAA